AUGCAAUAUUUUCGUCGUUUAUCAAUUAUUCGAUCUUCAUUUCGUUUUCUAUCAUCGUCAAUCGUAAAUGUUCAUGCAUCAACAACUCACGAAGAACUAUAUGAAAUCAAUAAACUCAUGAACAACUAUAAUAAUUCUUAUGUACCUAUACGUACAGUUGCUUUAUUUGAAUGGAUGUCAAAUAUAAUCAAUCUAAAACCUGAUUUUAUUUGUUAUACACAAAUAAUUCGUGCAUGUGGAGAAAUUAAUAAUUUAAAAAUAUGUCAAAAAAUUCAUGAAUUUAUUGACAAAGAUCAAACAUUACAAUCGAAGGAAUAUUAUCAACUUCAAAUAAAACUUAUUUAUAUGUAUGCUAAAAUAAAACAUAUUGAAUUAGCUGAACAAAUAUUUCAACAAAUAAAAAAUCGAUCAUUUGAUAUCAAUCUUUAUGGUACAAUGUUCAAAGGUUAUAAUAUGAAUGGACAACCCGAAAAAACAAUUCGUUUAUUUGAAAAUGAAAUAUUAAAUAAAAAAACAGUUGAACUUGAUGCUAUAUCAGCAACAUGUGUCCUGAGUGCAUGCAGUAGUUCCCAUCGAUUAGAUAUUGGACAUAAUAUAUAUAAUGAAGUUGUAAGACUUAAACUUCUCGAUCCACCAAAUAUUCGAUUAGCCACAGCUAUUAUAGAUAUGUAUUGUAAUUGUGGUUCAAUUGAUCGUGCACGGAAAUUAUUUGAUCAAUUACUUCCAAUAGCUGAUCAUAUAACUUAUUCAAUUUUAAUGAAAGCAUAUUUAUCAAUAAAUCAACCUGUACAAGUUCUUUCUCUAUUUCAUCAACUUCAAUCAUCAUCAUCAUCGAUUUCACCUGAUGCAGUUCUUUAUCUACAUGUUAUUAAUGCGUGCCAACAACUAGGUCUUCCUCAUCAAGCAGAAAAUAUUCAUCGAGCGAUUCCAUCAUUUAUAAUUGAGAAAAAUCUUUCAGUACAAACUGCUUUAAUUAAUAUGCAUUCACAUUGUUUACAAUUAAAUGAAGCUUAUCGAUUAUUUAAUUUACUUAAACAAAAAGAUAAUCAUACCUUAGCAAAUCUAAUACAUAGUCUUGCAAUUAAGGGACAAGGACAGCGCGCAUUGAAAUUAUUUGAAGAUAUUAAAUUAGAAUUGAAGUUAAAUGAACAGAUCUAUAAAAUGAUUCUAUAUGCUUGUAAAUUUACUGAUGGUCUUGUGGAUGAAGCAAGGAAAAUAUAUAAAAUAAUACCUGAAAAAUAUAAGACACCAGACAUUGCUGCUAUAAUGGUUUCAAUUCUUGCCCGUGCUUCACUAUUUGAUGAAGUUCAAUCAUUUAUUCAUCAAUAUAAAUCAAAAUCUACAGAUGUUUCUUCGCUUUGGUCGGCUUUGUUUAUAGUUUGUUAUCAUUCCGGGAAUGUUCAGUAUGCAAAAUCGAUUUAUGAUCAAAUAAAAGAUGAUCCUUUUUUGUUAUUACUUUUUUCGGAUAUGACGAAUUCAUUACCAUCAAAUGAAAUUCUUAAUUAUUUUCAACAACAAUUACCUGGAAAAUGUAGGACAGAAAUAAAAAAUAAUAAUACAAUGAAUUAUACGGUAUAUGAAUUUCAUGAUAAUGAUCUUUCAAAUUUUCCGUUAUUGAAUUCGGAAUUAAAUAUUAUAAUUGAUGAAUUAAAAUCAGUGAAUAUAAAUUGGCAGUUAAUCAAAAACGAUCUUAAACAAUUAUUUUGUGGACAUAUAUCAGUUCGAUUAGCUAUUGUACAAAAUUUCGUAUUAAAUCCAUCAUCAACAAUGAUACAAUUAACAAAAACAAACCCAUUAUGUUCUACAUGUCAUGAAGGAAUAAAACAAUUAACUUUAAUAAAACAAUGUGAUAUUAUUCUAAAAGAUGAUAUACGUAUUCAUCAUUUUCAUAAUGGAAUAUGUUCUUGUCAUGAUAAAUUUUAA